AUGUUGCCAUGCGUCUUCCUUAGUUCAAUAUUAGACGACUUCUUAUUUAUUGGACCACCUAAUUCCUCUAAAUGCUACAGCGCUCUUAUGUCCUUCUACAAACUAGCACAGGAUAUCGGCCUCCCUAUCAAACCGAGUAAAACCGUUCUACCCACGACAACUUUGACAUUUUUGGGUUUGGAGCUAGACACUGUGAAAUUCGAAAUCCGUCUACCGCAAGACAAGCUCGUUUCCUUAAGGGAGGAGGUGCUCAAGUUGAAAUCACAGAAAUCAGCAACACUGAAGCAAUUACAAUCUCUUAUUGGAAUGCUCAAUUUCGCUUGUAAAGUCGUUCCACCUGGACGCACUUUUCUCAGACGACUAAUUGAUUUGACAGUGGGCCUAAAAAAACCUUAUCAUCAUCGUCGACUGAAUUCCGAGGCCAAGGCUGACUUAAAUGCCUGGGGAUUAUUCUUGGAUCAUUUUAAUGGAAAAGCACUCUUCCCAUCAGGCAUCACUCACUCUUCUGCUUCCCUACACUUAUUCACAGAUGCCAGUGACCUAGGAUAUGGCUGUACCUUUGGCAAGCAGUGGUUUUUUGGACAGUUUUCUAGCAAUUGGCUUCAAUUUCAUAUUGCAGUCCGCGAAUUCCUCCCAAUUGUCAUUGCAUUAGAACUUUGGUGUCAUCAAUUCAAGAACUGCACGGUGAUUCUACACUCAGAUAAUAUCGCUGUGGUGCAUGUGAGUAAUAAAAACACCUCAAAGGACCCACACUUGAUGACCCUAAUGAGGCGUCUUAUGCUCCUCUCCCUUCAACAUAAUAUUCAUUUUGUUGCUAAACAUGUUCCAGGUGUUUUAAAUACAGCGGCUGAUAUGCUUUCUCGUCUACAGGUAACAGAGUUCCAAGCUCGUUUCCCUCACAUGCAGUCCAGACCUACGCCGGUUCCUUCGACGCUUGUCAGACUCUGA